AUGAGAUUCUUACUUCAUUUCACAACUCUUAUAAGCACUGCAAGUGCAACAGUCAACAUACUACUGCCUCUGUACGUGUACCCUAUCAACGACCUCCAGAAGCCGUAUGAUGGCACGGUGGACUGGAAGGCUACCAUUGCAGCCAUUGAUGCUCAUCCGGACCUCACCUUCAAUGUCAUCAUCAAUCCCAACAGUGGGCCUCCCUUCGCCAAUGAAGCCGGCACCAAGAUCGACUGGGCAAAGUGGAUCGGCCAGAUCAACCAACGUCCCAACGCCGUAACUCUCGGCUACAUCUCGACUUUGGGUACAGUGCAGCCUCAGCCUCGCAGCAUUUCCAUUGUUACGCAAGGGGUCGACACAUAUGCUUCAUGGACAACGGCCAAUGACUGGGAUGGUAUUUCCUGGAACAUCUCCAUCAAUGGUAUCUUUUUCGACGAGGUCAACACCGACCCUUCCCACCUCCAAUACUACACACAAAUCUCCAACUACGCCAAAUCCGCGACUGGCACUGUGGUUUUGAACCCUGGUGUUGCGGUGAACCCAGCCAGCUCUUCACUCUACAACGUUGCGGACGCCAUUCUGUCGAUCGAGACGUGCUACACGGCCGAUCAGAACGCACCUCAGGAUCGAUGCCCUAGAAACACCUACACCCCGUUUACGCCGGCAUCGCUAAACAGUCUCCCGUCCAAUGCGGCCCAGAGGGCCAAGUCUGCCGUGUUGAUUCACGACUUUUACGAUAGCUGGCAGCCAUACCAAGCUGCCUCCAUUUCCACCCUGCAGACCGAUAUCAACGCCAUUGUAGCCAAGGGCGUGCACAGCCUGUACGUCACGCAGUGGGGUUACAACGAGAGCUUUACACGGGAACCUGCCAGUGUGGGAACGGUUUCCAACCUUUUGGCUCUGGCUCAAGGCCUGUCGUCGGGUAAGCCGCUCUGA